AUGUCUGGUCGCGGUAAAGGAGGGAAAGGGCUCGGGAAAGGCGGCGCCAAGCGGCACAGGAAGGUGCUCCGCGAUAACAUCCAGGGCAUCACCAAGCCUGCCAUCCGCCGUCUAGCUCGCAGGGGAGGCGUCAAGCGCAUCUCCGGCCUCAUCUAUGAGGAGACCCGCGGGGUGCUGAAAGUCUUCCUGGAGAACGUCAUCCGGGACGCCGUCACCUACACCGAGCACGCCAAGAGGAAGACCGUCACCGCCAUGGACGUGGUCUACGCGCUCAAGCGCCAGGGCCGCACUCUCUACGGCUUCGGGGGUUAA